AUGGCUGAGAUCAAGGUAAUAGUUAUUGGUGAUACUAACGUUGGUAAAACAUGUUUAUUAUUAACAUAUACGACCAAUUCAUUCCCAGACACAUAUGUACCAACAGUAUUUGAUAAUUAUACAGCUCCAAUUUCAGUAGAUAAAAAAACUGUUCAAAUGAAUCUUUGGGAUACUUCUGGAUCUGAUGACCUUGAUGAAAUGAGACCACUCAGUUAUGCUGAUACUGAUUGUUUCAUGAUUUGUUUUUCAAUUGCUGAUGAAGACUCAUUUGAAAGAAUUAAAACUAAAUGGGUACCAGAAAUUAGAGAUAACUGUGGUAAGGAUGACCCUAAGAUUAUUAUUGUAGGCACUAAAUCUGAUGUUAGAAAUAAUCCAAAUGCUAUUGACGUCUUGAAGAAACAAGGAAAGGAUUUAGUUAAAAAAGAAUCUAUUGAAGUUAUGGCAAAAGAAGUAGGAGCACAAGCAUUUUGUGAGUGUUCUGCUAUUACUCAAAGUGGAUUAAAAGAAAUCUUUGAAUUAGCUGCAAAGGUCUCAAUGGGUUUGUUAGAUGCUGUUGUCUCUGAAGCUCCACAAGCUAAAGAAAAGAAAAAAGGAAUGUUUUCUAAAAUAUUCGGUAAAAAGGAUAAGAAAGAAAAGAAAGAUAAAAAAUAA